AUGGGCCCCCAGUUGAAAGUGGUAGAGCGAACUCGCACGGCCACCAUGCUUUGUGCCGCCAGCGGCAACCCUGACCCAGACAUCUCCUGGUUCAAAGAUUUCCUGCCCGUCAACACCACCAACAACAAUGGACGCAUCAAGCAGCUCAGAUCAGGUAGGGUGUCACUACCGCCACCGGAACUAAACCGGGAGUACUCUUUUAUAUUUGUACCCUAAUCCCUUCUGUUUCUGUUCUCUCGUUCUCCUCCUCCUCUUCUUCUUUGGCUUUGAUUUUGUAGGUAAUGGCAUUGUUUCUACUGCUUCUUCCUCCUUUUCUACGGUGUGUGUGUAUCCUGGUGUGUGUUGUCUGUUCCUCCCACUCCUGCCUCUGGUGUUGUCAUGGCUCCGUCGGUUGUCUUUGUGUGUUUUGCCGCUUCAGUCUGACUUCCACAUUGCUCACUGCUGUGACUGUUCUUCUGACGAGUGGCUUUUCUUUUGGUUUAGUUUAGUUGAUUCCCUUUGACUGCCUCGAUGCAGUGUUUGACGGAUCCAUUCUCUUUCGUUUUUUAUCUCUUGUUUUCCCUAACUCGAUGAAUAUUCAACAUUGGGCUUCACUCAGAACUUGCAAAGGAGCACCCAUGGUUUUUAGCAAUUUUGUUGUUUUUAAAGGCUGCAAGAGAAAAUUGCAGAACAGAGUGAAUAGGCAGACAUUGAGGCUAUUUCCUUUUCUAAUUCUUUGUUGUAUUUUGUUGUGAUUUAACAAACAAUUAGUUCCUAUAAGCCAGUGGUGGAAAAAGUACCCAAUUGUCAUACUUGAGUAAAAGUAAAGAUACCUUAAUAGAAAAUUACUCAAGUAAAAGUGAAAGUCACCCAGUACAAUACUACUUGAGUAAAAGUCUAAAAGUAUUUGGUUUUAAAUAUACUUAAGUAUCAAAUGUAAUUGCUAAAAUAUACUUAAGUAUCAAAGGUAAAAGUACAAAUAAUAAAAAAAAUCCUUAUAUUAAGCAAACCAGGCGGCGCAGUUUUCUUAUUUUUUUAAUUUAUGGAUAGCCAGAGGCACACUCCAACACUCAGACAUAAUUUACAAACUAAGCAUGUGUGUUUAGUGAGUCUGCCAGAUCAGAGGCAGUAUGGAUGACCAGGGAUGUUCUCUUGAUAAGUGUGUGAAUUGAACCAUUUUCUGUCCUGCUAAGCAUUCAAAAUGUAACGAGUACUUUUGGGUGUCAGGGAAAAAGUAUGGAGUAAAAAGUACAUUAUUUUCUUUAGGAAUGUAGUGAAGUAAAAGUUGUCAAAAAUAUAAAUAGUAAAGUAAAGUGCAGAUACCCCAAAAAACUACUUAAAUAGUACUUUACACCACUGCUAUAAGGUCCCUUUAAACUAACAGUUGUAUUAAAACAGAAGAUAAAAACUUGUGGAACUUCGGUUGAGGCACCUUUUCCUUCCGGAAUGUUUUCCGGCCUUAAGUAGCCACAGUAGUGUGUGAGGCUUGUGUCUAGCUUUCCCAGUCCCUUAUUGACUCUCUCUGGAUCUACUCCCUGCUUUUCCACGUAGACUCCAGAUUUCUAUUCUCUUUGCCUGUUGGCUUAUUCCCAAUACUUCCUCAUCCCGAUCCUCUGAAUAUCCCAAGUUUCCUUAUAUGCUAGCGUUACUUAACUCAUAGUUUGGCUAGCAAUAUUUACUAUUAGCAUUCCUAUUUGAGAUUUGGCACUACUUCUGGUACAAUUAGUCUUCUAUGUUUGACCACCUGCCUUUUCAGAUUUCACAGCUGUCCUUUGUUAAAAUGUCUUGGUAACCCUCCUUUGCCUUGUUAACAGAAUCUGUGUAAAUUAACCCUCUUUUUUUAAUGUGCGACUUUGAUUUUCCUGUGACCUAGAGUUGAUAAAGUUUUAACUCUGACAAAAAACUAAUGUAACUUAACCUAAGGAAUAUAAUAAUAUUUUUAUGCUGUCUUUCUUCUCUCCGUAUUUAAAUCUACAGAAUCCUUUGGUAAGUGCUUAGUUCUGAAGCACACUUCACUCCCCACUAAUUUUUCUUCAUGUUAUAACUAUUAAUAAAAUGCAUGGCAUGCAUUUUACUAACAGUUAGUGUAGACACAAAGAUGACGCUAGUGGCACACAUAUACUUUACCCCCCACAAAGUUUUCCUAUAAGCAAUACAGGCACCUUUUUCCAGAGCACACAAAUUUCACCCAGCUUUAGCCCAGUAGAUGCCAUAUCCCCCACCUUAGUGAUAUAACCUACCUAUCUACCCUCACUGUAUGGUCAGUCACUCACUCACUCACCCACUCACUCAUUCACUCACUCAAUACUGUAUAGCCUACCACCACUAUAGAGAUUUAAGCAGAUGUUUAGCAAUUACUAGGAGGUCAAGCUAAAGGGUUCCAGGUCUCUUAAAUGAGUCUCUUCCCUCUCAUAUCCAAACUCCUCCAAGCCUUACCUUCAGUAGAUGGUCUUCAGAAUCCAUGCCACUUCCAAAAUGGCAUCUCCCCUGUGGCACACCACUGUACAACGUUCUCUGACCUUCUCUGACCUAUGAUACCUUCCUAUGAUGAAUCCUGUAUUUUUUUGCCAAUAGAGUACAGAGUUAUCUCUCUUUCUAGCUCUCUCUCUUUCUCCUUUCUCUUUCCUCUAGUCCGCUUUAUUUACGUACUCUGUUAAGUCUAAUUUGAUUCUUCUUCCAAAGCCCCCAGCCUAUAUCUUCUCCUACUAAUGCUUCUUCUUUCUAAUCUUAUUUGCAUUCAUAUUAUCCACCCAGGUGGUACACCAAUAAGAGGUAAGAGUGCUGAACUGAUGUUCACAGAAUGAACAAAACAAAUUCAUUCUUGCUGUCGUCCCAUCCAUCCGCCCGUCCGCCUCCAUUUUUGUCCUGUUUCCCGACUCCAAAUCCCAUUUCGUUCCCAUUAUCGACCUUCCUUCUUAUUUGUCCUGUUCUGUUGACUCCAUCCAAUCUCAAUUUUUUGUCUAUGCUUUAUUUCCUCCUUUGAAUUUUGAUUUGAAGAGCCUUUUUCAAAAAACUCAGUUGUGAUAUGCUUGCUCCGGCUCAAAGAAGCAUAUCCAAUGACAACUUUUUUUUAGAACUCUAAUUGUUCUUUCAUUUUUUUGUUUUCUUUUUGGCCAUAGCGACUCAUGUGUCCCUCUUUUUGUCCAACUAAAACAACCAAACAUUUUUCCCCCUUAGCUGUUCUUGUUCAGCACUAAAAUUAUGCACAGAUGCUGUGGAAUCACGCAGGCAUGCUGAAGACAACAUUUCCUUUACUCUGCUUUUUUUCUCCCAAAGAAUUAUUUAUAUCUUUGCAAGCCUAUUUUUUUAUUUAUUCUAUUUGCUUUCCUCUCCUGUACCUUCUAAAAAAAAAAAAAAAAAGCCCAAACAACUACUUUUUUGAUAAAGUUUCUCCGGGUGCUUUUUUCCUCUUUCACCUAUUUUUCUUACUUUUCUUGGGUUUGAAGGCUAUUUUACUUUUUGACGAUUUUUUUAUUCUUCAGGGUUUGGGGGAAGGCAAACAGUUGAGUCUGGCGAGGACCUGGCAGGUCCAUUUUUACCGUUUGGGAGUUGAAGAGUGAUUGUUGCAUAAGCCAUUUUUCCCCUGGUCAUAUGACACCACACUGCGGAUCCCAUUGGUGGAUUUUUAUGGGUGUCUUUUGUAGCUUUCACAAGCUAACGCAGUGGUUGGUUGCCUUCUUGUCAGAUCAAGGCCACCAUUUUGAAUUUUGUCUUCUAAUACAAUUGCAUUUUAUUUUUCAGCUAAGGGUUGUCAAAAGGUUGUAAGUUGUGCCGACAUACAUUUCUUGCUCUUUGGAAAAGAUCUGCAUGUCAAACAUUUUGUGACAGAGGGUGAUAUAUUGGUAAUACGAUAUUAUGAUGAGUAUUUUUUCACAUAUCUCAGCAGCAUUUUUUUUCAGUUUUUUGUAAGCGCUGCAUUUUUCUAACCGACUUUGACUAGAUGAAGUCCUAAAUUUAUUUGAUUGAUAUUAGAUCUGUGAUUGAAUAUGCUAAAAUUCAUACCCAAAUUAAUUUUUUUAAUUGUCCUCCCUUGUUAUGCUGCUUUUGUAUACUGUUAAACCUCUUUUGUUUGAUCCAUGCUUCCUUGAAGCAGUUUCAUUCAUCCCCAUAUUGACAGUCCAGUGAAAUGUUGUACAUUGCAGGGCUUGCCCCUAUCCCUCAAAGUCGAGCUAUACUAUGACAUAUUUUCACACUGGUCUUAAAGUUGAGUGCCUUUUUAGACCCUGCAACAUGUAUGUAGGUUCAUUUUUAUCCUCUGAUGUCAACAAUGAGGUAAAUGUUAAAUGUUAAAUAUUUUUCUAUGGUUGUUAAAUGUUUAUUUGUUCCCCUAAGAUUUCUGUAGGCCUGAUAGUAUAGCAAUCUGUCUAAAACUAUCCAUGAUUGCUGUAAUACAUUUUUAUAAUGACAGAAAAUAUGUAAUAAAGAUUUCACACAUAUUUGAUACAUCAGGCUGGGGUAAUGUUAGGGGAAAACUGUCAAGUUACAAGAAGAAUGCCUAUUUGCGCGACAAUGGUGAAGUAAACUAUCCUCUGUGCAAAUGAUCCCUACAGAUACAAAAAAUCCCUCUAUGCUAGUUACAAUGGUAGCCGAUUUUACUCUGUACCCUCAUCGAUUCAAAAAAAGAGCAAGUCUAGGAGUGAGGGGGCUUCAAUGACAUGUUGGCCCCUGACCAGUCAAGCAAUUUUUUUUUUUUAAAUGUUUGUUAACUUAUUUAAAAAUGGCUGACACUAAACCAAUGGUGUCCGGCACCUACCUUCUAUUCCCACGCAGGGGCCCUCCAGAUUGAGCAGAGCGAAGAGUCCGACCAGGGGAAGUACGAGUGCGUCGCCACCAACAAUGAUGGAACCCGUUAUUCUGCCCCCGCCAAUCUAUACGUCAGAGGUAGGAAAGUGACAACAAAACAACAACGGUAUUCUUCUUUGGAAGCAGGUUACCCAAAUUCUGAUAAGAAAAAAAUAUAUAAGAAAACAUUAAAGUGGUAUGUGAUAUGGUAUAUUAUGGUACAACUGGUGAGAUGGGUGUUCAAAACUGGGUAAUUAUGGGUAGUGGAGGUAGUGAUCCAGUCCAAAGGUCCAUGUCCAAUGAGGUAAGUAUGGCUCUUUUGUUCUAUUUGACCUACCUGCACUGAUUUGAACCUGUGUGUUCUGUUUAGUGUUUUUCUAUUAUUUUUCCUGUCUAACUCCAAUGACUUGACUGCUUGGUGUGUUUUACCUACUAAUUGCCUUUUACUCCUAAAUGUACCUUGAGGGGAAACGGGUGGACAAUCCCUCCAACAAUCCCCUCUGUUCAUAGUAGCAGAUCCUCUCUGAUCUUUCUGUUUCUUUUCAUUUUUCUCUUUUGAGCAACAAUGGAAGGACACCUUUAACUCUUCUUCAAUACAGUUUUAAAAGUGCUGAGAUUGUAUUUCAUAGUGAUUGUAUGUAGUUAUCAGAUAAAUGUACAUUUUCUAAAUAAUGAAUUUUAACUACGUGUUGAAAAUUACUAUUUUUUGCAACAAUCUUAAGUUUAAGUUAGUGUUGAUAUCAUCAGUACAUAAUUGAUUUGCUGAUUUGCUUAUAAGUGAUAAUUCAUUGAAAGGUAACACUGUAUUAUGGCUUUCAUAACACCUUCUUGAGCUAUCACAAAUCUUUGUUCCAAUUGUCAUGAACUGUCUUGAGGUUCGGCUUUCUAUGUGAAAGUCACAUUACAUAGUCCAUUGGAAUAAAUAUUAUUGUGUGUUUACUGAUAAAAUGAAGGUCUUAUGUGUUGCCAUGUCCAUUGUUACUUUUUUAUAUCAAUCUUUGAACAGCAAUGGAUAUUAUUUUUCAUAGUUUUUCAUUAAUUUAAUAUGGAUAUUUAAAUUGCCAGCUGUAGCUAUUUUUCUUUAAAAACUAUUAUCUCUAAUUCUGUUCGAGUCUUGUGGUUUGCAGUACCAUCACAAAUCAUUAAUUUAAAACACAGUCAAUGACAAUACUUAGAAUACUGAAUAAUUAUUAAUUAAUAGAUAUUUUAUUGUGUGGAACAAACUGAAUGUGGAUAUUGACCAAAUUGCACAGCGAUAUCUUUCUGGAUAUUAUAUUAUGACUUUUUGCAUCGCUCACAUUUUCAACAUGCAGAACAUUUGUAUGUAAUACCCAACCUACAUAUAGCACAGAUAUGUUCAUCCUUAGCACUCGUUACAAGCCAACCACAUGACUGGGACAGGAUUGCAUUAUAUGCUAAACAUAGCAAAUUAUUUCAACCCUCAAAAUGCUUAACAUUUUAAAGUGGUGCUAGUUAAGACUUCUGCCUCUAAACCAGGGUAUGAGGGCGAUGCAGCGGACUCCCUGUCCACAUGUGACAGGAGGUCCUUCAAAGUAGUAGUUUGAACGCCUUGAACAUGGCCUUUUUACUCUCUCUGUGUUUCCCUUGUUUUCUUCUCCUUUCCUCAUUUCAUUGUGUUCUGCAUCAAACCCCCUACAUCCCUCAGAGCUGCGAGAAGGUUGGUGUUUUUUUACUUUUAUGCCGCCUUACAAAACUGAAACUAAAGAAACUCAAAAAUUAAAAAAAUCUGAAGAAUACAAAUGAAGUGAAUGUAGUUGCACUUGCGUGCCAUUUUUCUCUCUCGUUUUGUUCUCUCCUUGGUUCAUUAUCAUUUAUAGCCUUGUAUUAUUAUUGUUUCUGCUUAGUUGCUCAGUUAAUUUUUUCCAUGAAGAAUUCCCUUGGUCUUGGCUACGAUGCUUGACUGUCCAAAAAGUGAUGCAUGUCAUGGGAGGGACAGUGCAGCUUUAGUGUGGUGGGAGGGGGUGGGAUAAUAUUUGCAUCUUCGGGGAGUAUUUGCAUGGUGACCUGUUUAUGCUCAAGCUAGAGAUCCCCCCUCCCCUUUGCUCUUACCCCCACCCCUGCCCUUUGCCCCCACCUCUCAGUGUCCUUAGCUUGUUAGUGUUCCUGCUUGAUUACUCAGGCCAACGCCGUGACAGGCGGCAGAAAAAAGCACAGCGCCAACAUGAGCCGCAGCACCGAAGCAGGAAGGGUGUUCUCUAUCACUACAGGCUCCUGGAAUGGAGCACUGCCACACUCUGUGGCCUGCCUAGGCACAUGAAAAUGAGCUAAGAAUUCCCACUGAGCAGCCAUUUGACUAGCUAAGACUGGAUGCAAAUGUUCCCGCUAUUGCUUUUCAUCAUAGUGUCAGAGAAAUAUAUGUUUUUAAAUCCAUAAGUUAAAUUCCCCUUUGUUAUAGUCAGUGGUGAGGUCUAGCGCUCAGCUGUUAAGGUAGCAUAGCCUUGUGAGAUGAUACGCUACCUCUGCAAAGGAUUUUUCCUACAGAGACGUUCAUGAAAGAAUAAUGUAUUUGGAGCAUUAGCCGCAAGACUUGACAAAUGUAUUGAUAUUCAAAUGAAUGUGAUAACAUUAUGUCUUGGAGGAGCGUGAUCCAAUUGGAUAUUAAUUAAAUAUUAAGCGAGUGAAAAGUUGUAUUUAAUAAUGCAAGGAGUUCUCUGAGAUUCCUUCUCUCUGGAGAGGCACAAUCUGCUUAGCAGAAUGUGCUUUAUGAAAUGUGAUGGCGGUUGAAUGCGUUCGCUAAUGCUACGUGUAGAUUCAGGCUUGUAGCAUUAGCAAACAAUGCUAUUAGCCAAAAAUGCUAUUAGCAAAAAUAUAUAUUUUAGCUAGCGCUCAGUUUUACAUCACAUCACACUCCCGUGUAGCUCAGUUGGUAGAGCAUGGCGUUUGCAACGCCAGGGUUGUGUGUUCGAUUCCCACGGGGGGCCAGUAUGAAAUUGUAUGCACUCACUAACUGUAAGUCGCUCUGGAUAAAAUGACUAAAAUGUUAAAUGUACAUCACGUUAAUGAAUAUUAAUGGCCGCAUACAGUUAGAAAAUCCAUUGGCUUUUGCCAUUACAUUAGUCAAGGCUCAUCUUUGUGCCCCAUAUUCGAGAGAGGAGCUUGUUUAAUGUUAAUUAAAAGUGAUUGGGACGAUGGAAGUGUUUCACUCUUUAUUAGUAUCACAGAGGUUCACCACCAAAGCACCAGAGUGAUUCAUCUUUCCAAGGCGCACGGAAGAGCAAACAACAUUCCCCAAAUACUCCCACCAUUACGCCUCUGAGUAUCCAAGGAGAUUGGCCUAUUGGGACCUAUAGUAAUUCUGAGUACUAUAAGCAGUAACACUGACUUAAUUCCUUUAAUGUCAUUCCUCCCUAGAAAUGUAUUAAAAUCCAAACCCAGUUCCUGUAUUCUUCUACCCCCGCCCCAGUCCCUGUCCCUUAAAUUAUCUUACCUUAUAUGGUGUGUUUGAAUCAUAUGUGGUUAACUACCUUAGUCAAACCUCAGAAAACAUUGUGAUUUGUGUUAAGUUGCCUCCUUCGCCUCUCCCUGUCCUGUCCUGUCAUACUGUAGCACUUCUCCUAAUCUGUCCAGUGACGCUGUGCAUUUGUCCUGCCCUGGCAACUCUAGCUUAAUAAUAGCCAGUCGUGUUUAUUUCCCAGCAACCCAACGCUGCCAGCCUAACCCUAACCGCCCUCCCCAUGUUUGAUAUCUGUUUUCUGUAUGUCUGUGUUACUAUUUAUUUUCCCUCUCAAUCCUCCUCUCUCCUUCCCAUUCCCAACCAUGGUUGCCUUUCCAAGCCAGCUAUGUGCUUGUGUGCAUGAUAGAGAGCCCAAGCCCCCACAACAGGCCCCGGCCUUGUAUCUUUCCAUGUGCAUAAUGCUGUUUUCUUUUCAAUUUCUUUUCAAUCCAUUUGUUUUUCGAUCGGUUUCGAAUUUUGAUUUGGUUUUCAUUUCUACUUCGAACGUGGUUAUUUUGGAACGUGUAUCCACUUGUUUGAUCUGAGAAGCAGAGUUGCACUAUAUUCUAUGUACUGCACCAUAGUUGGAUGUGUCUCCACCAUGGAGUGUCUGUAUGUGUGAUGUGACAAUGUGAUGCGGCACAUUUACGUCACAUCAACUGGAAGAACGCGGCAUUGAAGUUGUUCUCUUGAUCACUUCACUCCGGCAUGCUGUCGACCCUCCAGUUCCUCUGUGCUGUUCUCUUUAUAUCUGUAUGAAUGGUAUAAUUUGUGCAUGGUAUUUGUGUGAUCGUUAGUCCGUAGCUAGUCCCAUCAUUGAGCCCUGCUAGGCCUGGACCGACUUGUGUGUGAAACUGUGUUUUUUACUCUCCAUCCAACCAUCACAGAAUAAAAUAUCCAUGUAUAAAUAUAUUACAUUAGAUAUAAAAGUUACAUUUCGGGCAAGUUGUAAAUGUAAAUAUAUUUGUUAUCCGUAUAUGUAAUUUAUGAGUCUCUUUUUUUCUCGGCUGUUGAUGGGAAACCUUGGCCUUGUGCAGCUUGUGUGAGUUGUUACCCCUACCCUCUGUCUUCUGUAGUGCGCCGGGUGCCCCCGCGGUUCUCCAUCCCACCCACGGACAACGAGAUCAUGCCUGGAGGCAGUGUCAACAUCACCUGUGUAGCGGUGGGCUCCCCCAUGCCCUACGUCAAAUGGAUGCUGGGAGCCGAAGACCUGACGCCCGAGGACGACAUGCCCAUUGGGCGUAACGUUUUGGAGCUCACUGACGUCCGCCAGUCUAACAACUAUACCUGCGUAGCCAUGUCCACUCUUGGGGUUAUUGAGGCGGUGGCGCAGAUCACAGUGAAAGGUAGCGCACAUUUACUUCUUCCUGUCAUGUUUUGUUGGUCUCAGAAGGAGGGUUCCUAAAGCCUGGGACGUGUUAACACCAGCCUCAGUGCAUUAGAUGCUAGAUUGAGAAUCAGUGAAAGGCUUAUCUUUCAACCAGGAGAGUUAAACACCAAAGCUCUAUAUCCUACAAAAAAAAAGUAGACUUUGGCUGUCACCAUAGGAGAACCUUUUGAAGAUCCCAUGUUGGUUACAGGUAGAACUGUUUGGGGUUCCAUGUAGAACCCUUUCCACAGAGGGUUCUACAUGGAACCCAAAAGGGUUCUACCUGAGGACAGCCAAAGAACCCUGUGUGUGUGUGUGUGUGUGUGUGUGUGUGUGUGUGUGUGUGUGUGUGUGUGUGUGUGUGUGUGUGUGCGUGUGCAUGUGUGGGUAUUGUUUGGUCUUCUCAGUAGGCAGGGUACUUAUCGGAGUGUAAUCAUAUCUCCUCUGCUGCAUACCAGAGAGAGAGAGAUUCCAGAUUGUACAUUCGAGAUGGCAUAUAACGAGAAUCCAUCGCUCUCAUAUCUUUCAAUUCAUGCCACUGGUGUAGGUAUUAAAGCAAUAAAUUAACCCACUAUAUUAUUUAAGAGAAACACAUUGGAAUUAUCUGUCUAACAGCAGGACUUUUGGCCCUUUAUCGGUUUUACAAUAGUUAAAAUAUGGUUAUAAUGCACUGACGUGGCAUACUAAGUAAGGCAAGGUUAUAACAAAUUUUUAAAAUCAUAUUUAUGUUAUUUGUUUGUUAUUCCAGCAUUGCCCAAGCCUCCCGGCAUUCCCGUGGUGACGGAGCGCACGGCCACCAGCAUCACGCUGACGUGGGACUCAGGCAACCCUGAGCCUGUCUCCUACUACAUCAUCCAGCACAAGUCCAAGAUCUCAGAGGACACAUACAAGGAGAUUGACGGCGUGGCCACCACGCGAUACAGCGUGGGCGGCCUCAGUCCCUACUCAGACUACGAGUUCCGGGUGGUGGCGGUGAACAACAUCGGCCGCGGGCCGCCCAGCGAUGGCAUCGAGGCCAAGACGGCCGAGCAGGCACCUAGCACGGCGCCCAGACAGGUCAGGGGUCGUAUGCUCAGCGCCACCACAGCCAUCAUCCACUGGGACGAACCAGAGGAGGCCAACGGGCAGAUUAUGGGCUACCGUGUGUACUACACCAUGGACUCUGCCCAGCAAGUCAACACGUGGGAGAAGCAGAUAGUGCGUGGCUCAAACUUCCUCACCAUUCAGGGCCUCAUCCCUAACAAGACCUAUUACAUUAAGGUCCUGGCCUACACGUCGGUGGGCGAUGGACCUCUGUCUGCAGAUCUCCAGAUCAUUGCCAAGACGGGGGGUAAGAUCUGUGUGUAGCAUGCUUUUGUGUGUUUCUGUUUGGGCCAAUGCCUUUAAAUGGACAAUUAUGUUAACUGUAUGUGAGUUAGUCUAUAAAUCAUUGUAAGAGCUGAAGCUCUGCAAUGUUUGAGUUGUGAGUAAACAAGCACAUCAUCUAAGUCUGCAAUGGAGAGUAUCAACAAGCUAAUUCGACAGCUAAGUGUCUUUCUGGGAAAGCACAUCACUCACUCUGUCCUAUAAGUCAGAUAAAAGUCUCCUCAUCUUUGACCACAGCUGUAAACACUUGAAAUCUCUUUUGGCUCUUGAGUGCCAAGCAAUUAACUUUUUCAUUUGGCAUUCUGAAUGACAAAAAUCACAGUUUAAUGAACAAGACUUGAGGCCUUGUUUACUUCAUUCAAAUAUAUACAGUUGAAGUCGGAAGUUUACAUACACUUAAGUUGGAGUCAUUAAAACUAGUUUUUCAACCACUCCACAAAUUUCUUGUUAACAAACUAUAGUUCUGGCAAGUCGGUUAGGACAUCUACUUUGUGCAUGACACAAGUAGUUUUUCCAACAACUGUUUACAGACAGAUUAUUUCACUUAUAAUUCACUGUAUCACAAUUCCAGUGGGUCAGAGGUUUACAUACACUAAGUGUACUGUGCCUUUAAACAGCUUGGAAAAUUCCAGAAAAUGAUGUCAUGGCUUUAGAAGCUUCUGAUAGGCUAAUUGACAUCAUUUGAGUCAAUUGGAGGUGUACCUGUGGAUGUAUUUCAAGCCCUACCUUCAAACUCAGUGCCUCUUUGCUUGACAUCAUGGGAAAAUCAAAAGAAAUCAGCCAAGACCUCUGUCUGGUUCAUCCUUGGGAGCAAUUUCCAAAUGCCUGAAGUUACCACGUUCAUCUGUACAAACAAUAGUACGCAAAUAUAAACACCAUGGGACCACGCAGCCGUCAUACUGCUCAGGAAGGAGUCUCCUAGAGAUGAACGUACUUUGGUGCGAAAAGUGCAAAUCAAUCCCAGAACAACAGCAAAGGACCUUGUGAAGAUGCUGGAGGAAACAGGUACAAAAGUAUCUAUAUCCACAGUAAAACGAGUCCUAUAUUGACAUAACCUGAAAGGCCGCUCAGCAAGGAAGAAGACACUGCUCCAAAACCGCCAUAAAAAGCCAGACUAUGGUUUGCAACUGCACAUGGGGACAAAUAUCAUACUUUUUGGAGAAAUGUCCUCUGGUCUGAUUUAAAAAUAUAACUGUUUGGCCAUAAUGACCAUCGUUAUGUUUGGAGGAAGAAGGGGACGCUUGCAAGCCGAAGAACACCAUCCCAACCGUGAAGCAUGGGGGUGGCAGCAUCAUGUUGUGGGGGUGCUUUGCUGCAGGAGGGACUGAUGCACUUCACAAAAUAGAUGGCAUCAUGAGGAAGGAAAAUGAUGUGGAUAUAUUGAAGCAACAUCUCAAGACAUCAGUCAGGAAGUUAAAGCUUGGUCGCAAAUGGGUCUUCCAAAUGGACAAUGACCCCAAGCAUACUUCCAAAGUUGUGGCAAAAUGGCUUAAGGACAACAAAGUCAAGGUAUUGGAGUGGCCAUCACAUUUUUACAUUUUUAGUCAUUUAGCAGAUGCUCUUAUCCAGAGCGACUUACUAUUAGUGAGUGCAUAUAUUUUUCAUACUGGCCCCCCGUGGGAAACGAACCCACCACCCUUGCGUUGCAAGCGCCAUGUUCUACCAACUGAGCUACAGAAGGGCCAUCACAAAGCCCUGACCUCAAUACUAUAGAAAAUUUGUGUGCAGAACUGAAAAAGCGUGUGCGAGCAAGGAGGCUACUAUUAUUCUGACAUUUCACAUUCUUAAAAUAAAGUGGUGAUCCUAACUGACCUAAGACAGGGAAUUUUUACUAGGAUUAAAUGUCAGAAAUUGUGAAAAACUGAGUUUAAAUGUAUUUGGCUAAGGUGUAUGUAAACUGUAUACUUUUCCUCAAAUAACAGGUAGUAGCAAUAACAGGUAAUAGUAAUAAUGUAUUAAUAACAGGUUACUACUAAUGUUAUUAGUAGUAAAAGUAGCCACAGUAGUACCAGCAGCAGCGCUCAUCAAAUAUGUUUAGGACGUGAAAAUUAGUAUCAUUGGUUUAGUGGACGAAAUGUGUAUUUGUAUUGCUUUCCAAGUCCCCUCUCAACCGACCGACUUCAAAGGGGAAGCCAAAUCCGAAACAAGUAUACUACUAUCGUGGAUAGCCCCUGCACAGACCGGACAAGACAAUCAAAUCAUGGGAUAUGAACUGCUGUACAAGAAGGGGGAUGACAAGGAGGAGGUAACUGGUUUCUCAUAUUCAAAAUACGGCUAGCUAUACUGGCCCAAAUGUAUCUUAGGCCCAAUGGUACACCUUUUUCUUAAUGUUCUGAACUGAUGACAUACCAUUAUCUCAACAGAAACGAAUCAGCUUUGAGCCUACCACCACAUACCUGCUGAAGGACUUGAAACCCUUCACUACUUAUACUUUCCAGCUAGCCGCGCGCAGUAAGCAUGGUAUCGGAGCCUACACCAACGAGAUCUCUGCAGAAACCCCUCAAACACGUAGGUCCUCUUCCAUAUCUAAGCUCUGGCCAGACAGUUUACCACUGGAUGUGGAAACACCUUGGAGAGAAAAACAAAAUCAAAUUCUUCCAUUUUCAAACACAUCUACCUUUGCCAAUUUGGAAUUACAUAUGCUAAUUCCACAACAUUUGGCCAAAAACAAAAUAUAAUUGAAAGAGGUGGAUGACUCUUAAUAAAAAAUGAAUGUCAUGGAAAGAUAACGGGGUGUUUGAAAGUCUACCUGACCAUGCACCUAUUGACUUUCAAAUGGCUGCAUGGACAGUGUUCACCAGGGCUCUCCUCUGAAGUCAACCGACAAGGUCACACUAUAUACAGAAGCUACUCCUCUUCAACACCUUUGAUGUGCAAAACAUCCCAACCAAGGCCAAUAAUAGAGCCGUGAAUUAUUCAUUUCAAUUUCAAUUUUCUCUUUGUCCAACUGUCUGACAGUUUUGAUUAGGGGAAGGGCAUGCUAUCCCACUAUUAGAAGCCUUGUCUCUUGACUUUGCGUGUCAGCCACGUCAGAAUAUUUGCAUAUUGAAACUGAGCUUUCUAUGGAAAUAAAAGUCUGCACCUUUUAUCUGGCGGUCAGUGGAGUUUCCCUUUCUCAGUAUAAUUAAUCAUUGGUGAUGCCAACCACUUAACAAAAGAAUAAAAUAAAACAUUGUAUAGACUACAAAUUCCGUAGAAAGCUCAAAAGCAAGUAGUAUCACUGACGAUAGAGAAUUACCUUAUUACCACACAAUAAGCCCUCAGGUUUAUUGAAAUUGCUAAAGUAUUGACCAAUUUGUCAAAGCACCAAAUUGAAAGCUAAGGACAAACACAUAGUGUAUUUAUUAGAAAAACAUACAUAUAUUUAAAAUAAACCAGAGGUCUGUGUAAGACAAAAAAGCAGAGAACAGGUAGGUGCUAAGUUCAAAAAGUCCAAACUCGAUGGGAGGUACCAAGAAAAGAUGUCUGCAUUGAGACUUUCAAAAGUCAUUAAUAUCUCCUUGGGAAGUUCUCUGCUGUACAGUCAGGCUUUUACCACAAACCAACAGGCUUCGGAAAGGUUGGUGACCAAUACAACUUUUUACACUUUGCUAGAGUUGAAGCAUCAACCUUUAUGUUUUUGGAUUCGUGGUAACUGCUUGCCAAAUGGAUGAUAUUUGUUUGAUUUUAUUAGGAUUUUAUGUGAUCAAGUGAACUUUUACUGAGCAGUCAUUUGAUACGUUUAUAUUAAAUGUGGGUUUUAGUCAUGGUUAUAAGUCCAAGAUAUGAAGCCCUAGUGUGAUAACAGCUUUUAGGAAAGAAUAUGUAAGGUAUUAUUUACAAAGGUAGGUUACCUAUUGUGAAGGUGUCCUAUUAUCUCAUGACAACCCCAUCCAUACAUCCUCAGUGUGUGUGAUUUUAUUUAUUGAGUUGACCUUGUUUGAAAAAGUGUUAGUCUUUUGUCUUUGCCUUUUGCCUUUUGUCUCAUGUUAAUUUGUGAAACCUCAUUUCUUUGCAAACAUUUGUUCAGUCCUUGUGCUUCGUCCUCAUUUUGUGUCAUAUUUAUUUUCCCUUUUCCUUUUCUGUAUUGUUUGUUCGUUUCCACCACCAUCAUCCCAACCCCCAAAAAACUUCAACCUACCUGUGAAACCCCUCCUCGACACAAACAAAAUAAACAAUACCCCAACUGAAAUGGUUGAUCCAAUCAAACAAAACCCUGCUCCUCCUCAAAUCCACUCCUCCAAUCAGAGCCCUCAGCCCCACCUCAGGAUGUGAAGUGCUCUAGCCCCAGCUCCACCAAUAUCCUGGUAAGUUGGCGGCCGCCCCCUACGGAGUUACAGAAUGGAAUCAUAACCAAGUAUGCCAUCCAAUAUGCUGCCACUGAAGGGGAGGACACCACCAUCCAACAAAUAUCCGACAUCCCUCCCGAAAGCUCCCAGUACCUCUUGGAAAACAUGGAAAAAUGGACAGAAUACCGUGUGACAGUGACUGCUCACACAGAUGUCGGUGAAGGACCUGAAAGUUUACCUCAACUGAUUCGCACUGAGGAGGAUGGUAUGUUUUUCUGAAACCGCUGCCCCUGUUGCAAAUCCAGUCCGCCCUCUAACCUCUAACCCCCUUCAGAUACUGCCUAACAGCAUCUAUAGUCACUCUGACCUAGCGUCCCUCUCUGCUUCUUCCUCCUGCUUCUAACAAAGCUGAUUCCUAACUCUCAUGCAACUUUUUUUUUACUAAACAGACUGAGACUAACUUUUUUGUAAAGCUCAAUGAACUUUUUAUCAGUAUUUUUCUACCUUUAUCCCCUACUACUCAAUUUCAACAUAUGGUAUGGCAUUUUCUCCUGCACGGCCUUUGACUUCCAGUCCCAAACUGUCAUUAAAAAAAAACUUUUUUAUGAGAAAAAACGUUUUGAUUUUAACUUUUUUUAUAAACUUGACUGAAUGGCAAGAUAUGGACAGUGGAAAGGACACCAUUUGGAAGGUGUAUUUUUAAUGGCCUAAAAUGACAAUAUUUUUUUCUAUUUCAAUUUCAUUUUUUCUUCACGCUUCAUAGCCAAAAUUCUUGCAGGGUGCUUCAAGCUUUUGAAGCAUUCCCUUUGGCUCUUUUCUAUUUUGACAAACACAUUUUUAUUCCAUGUUUUUAAUCCACUACUUCCAUUUUUUUAUGUUUCCAGAUUAGGUCAGUUGUCAGACCUGUUUUUGGGGUUGUUUUUCUUUUCCCUUGCCAUUGUUGAAAUAUUGAUGUCAUACAGUGCUUGUUGCAGUAUGCUCGCUCCCCUUUUCUAGAUUUUUUCACCUCAGCAUUUUGCUCUUUGGAGUUGGCCAGGAAUUAAAAGGGGGAGAAGGGGUCCUCUAUAAUCUUGACCUUCUUUCUUUUAUCCCAUGGUGUUCCUCCAGUUCCCAGCGGCCCGCCUCGUAAAGUCGAGGUGGAGGCUGUCAACUCCACAUCAAUUAAAGUGAUCUGGCGCUCGCCGAUGCCCACCAAGCAGCACGGGCAGAUCCGAGGGUACCAGGUGCACUAUGUCAGGAUGGUUAAUGGGGAACCCAUGGGACAGCCAGGCAUCAAGGACAUCUUGAUCGAGGAUGUGCAGGUAAGCACCCUCCUCCUCCGCCUUCCUCCCCAAACUCGCACGUCCUCUCACCUUGAGACGUUAUUUGACACAAGGACAACAAAGCAUAAGCGUCACACCUGUAAAACUACAUAAAGGAUAUGCUACUAAGCAGUAUAACGUUUUUAUGAUAUGGUUAAAACCUUAUGACACAAAUUAUACUGAACAAAAAUAUAAACGCAACAUGCAACAAUUUCAACAAUUUUACUGUGUUACAGUUCAUAUAAGGAAAUCAGUCAAUUGAAAUAAAUAAAUUAGGCCCUAAUCUAUGGAUUUCACAUGACUGUCCAGGAGCACAGCCAUGGGUGGGCCUGGGAGGGCAUAGGCCCACCCACUUGGGAGCCAGGCCCACCCACUGGGGAGCCAGGCCAAUCAGAGUUUUUCCCCACAAAAGGGCUUUCUUUCAGACAGAAAUACUCCUCAGUUUCAUCAGCUUUCCGGGUGGCUGGUCUCAGAUGAUCCCGCAGGUGAAGAAGCCGGAUGUGGAUGUCCUGGGCUGGCGUGGUUACACAUGGUCUGCAGUUGUGAGGCCGGUUGGACGUGCUGCCACAUUCUCUAAAAUGACGUUGGAGGCGGUUUAUGGUAGAGAAAUGAACAUUCAAUUCUCUGGCAACAGCUCUGUGGACAAUCCUGCAGUCAGCAUGCCAAUUGUAUGCAUUGUGGCAUUGUGUUGUUUGACAAAACUGCACAUUUUAGAGUGGCCUUUUAUUGUCCCCAGCACAAGGUGCACCUGUGUCAUGCUGUUUAAUCAGCUUCUUGAUAUGCCACACCUGUCAGCUGGAUGGAUUAUCUUGGCAAAUGAGAAAUGCUCACUAACAGGGAUGUAAACAAAUUUGUGCACAACAUUUGAGAGAAAUAAGCUUUUUGUGCGUAUGAAACAUUUCUGGGAUCUUUUAUUUCAGCUCAUGAAACAUGGGACCAACACUUUUAAUGUUGCGUUUAUAUUUUUGUUCAGUAUAGUUGUUCUCGGGGCCUUUGAAACUGACAGUCACCCAUUGAGUACAUCUAUGAUAAGAUACACAUUGUCUACACAUGUCUAGGAAUAGACCUACACAGUAUGUGACUCCUCCUCUGUUACUGUCAAUAUCUGGUUGAGACAAUCACAGGAACUUUGGGGCCUUCAUUUAGAGCCAAUGGAUCACACGACUGUAAAUUCAAUGGAACUGACAUAAUCAAGAACUUAUUGGUGGUCAGUGAAUGACAUCUCUUAAGGGUAAAAUCAUCAGUCAGUAUAGUAUACAGAAUGUGUCUUGUCUGUGGCAACUUCUCUACAACUCUCUCUAGUCUCUACUCUCUUACGAGUGACCGGUGACUCUGUACUUAGCCUUUGUUUUGUUCUCUCUCUUCUUUUCCACUCUCUCAAAUCUUAAUCAGUGGGAAUAUGAUGAUUCAACUGAACAUGUGAGUAGAUACAGAGACCUGAUACAGUGUUAAUCCCGUUCCCCCUUCGUUGCCUUGCAUGCUCUGUGUCUCCUCUGUUCAUGAUCUUUGCUUGGUUUUGACUGUAUUGAACCUCACAUCACCUCCUGGCAGUUCUGAAUCCCGCUAAGACAAAACGAGAAAACAUACACUACUUGUUUUGUACUUGUAAAUUGAAAUGGAAUGGCAUGACUAACAGAAAUCCAUAUCCAACAUUACGAGGCAAUGCAUAGUUGCUUAGCGGUGUUGAUUAUAAUAAACAAGCUUUUUGAUUGGGGAACCUAGUUUAUUGCAGAGCCGAGCACAACACAACAACAAGAUAAUACGUUACCAUUGGUACUGCACUACUUACACCCUCUCCUUUUCAAUGCAUGGGGUGUAAGUAAGCAUUUUCUCCUUUUCAAUGCAUGGGGUGUAAGUCAGCAUUUCGUUGGACAGUGUAUACCAUGUGUAUCCUGUACAUACGACUAAUACAACUUUAAGCCUAUCCACCAGUUCCAGAUCGUAUGCAUGGAGCGAAGGAUGGUGUGGCAACUGUGCUAUGGUUUUGAAUACUAUAUAAUAACAGGACAGAUUUGUACCAACCAUGUUCAUUGCCAGUUAUUUACUAAUUAGUGAGCUAAUAUCUGUGAGAAAAUGUAUGUCCUCUGAAUCAAUGAAUUACAGCAUAAAUGCAUGUGCAAAAAUGUACAUUAGUUUGGUCCUUUGUGUUAUGAAUGAUCGUAGUAUUACACAACACCCCUAAACACUCCCCCCUAAUGCCCAAAUUGCAGAAACAUCCCUAGCAAGAGUAAAACAAAUAAAAAUCCCUAUUCUUCUACAGGAAAUGGUCAUCACAGAGCUGCAGGCUGAGAGCACGUACUCGGUUGCCGUGGCAGCCUACACGACAAAGGGAGACGGCGCUCGCAGCAAGCCCAAGCUGAUCACCACCACUGGCGCAGGUAAGGGAACUGUCACCGCUGUUAAUGUACCCUGUGAUCAUCAAAAAAUGCAUUUGUGCUGUAGAAAGCUGUGAAAUUGCACCCAGUGAAAGGAAGCCCCAAAAAAAUAAUGCUAAGCAAACCUUUCCCCCCACGGCUAUUAAAGUGUGAAUGCGGCUAAUUGCCACCUCAAUUAUAACAACAAUUGUAAUUCCGCUCACCCGCCACUUUGACAUUGGAAUGCUCACAGGGGUUAAGGAACUAAUGAAAAAAUGAGGUGGAGAAAUCGGGAAAGAAAAAGACCUCCGAAUUGAAGGCAGCCCGACGGUCUGUUCAGCUCUCAUUGGUUUCUUUUGAGAGAGCAGCAUGACAGAAUCCAAAUGGCAUUUCAGAAAUACUUUGCUGUGUGUGUGAGACAUAAUUGCGCUGUCGUCUAAUCCGUCUGAAAAGCCUUUCAUGCCGCACCUGCCUGGCGUACAGAUACAGAUGGCUAGUGUGUGUGUGUUGGGGAGGGGAUGGGAGCCUUUACUCAGUAAAGGCUUAAAAGGGAUGCCAUAUUGGUAGGUAUCAAAGCAAACAGCAUUAGCAUUUAUGCAAACAGGGUGUUAGCAAUAUACUGCUCUCUUGGUGGGGUAACACUUUACUCAUAACAACAUCAGCCAAUGGCAACCCUUAACACUGUUAUGAGUUGGAAAGGAGAUCAGAUUCUGCUAUGUCAUGCAUAUUAUGGCUUGGGUUGUUUUUGGGUUGUCAUCAUCCUCUCAUAAAUGUCGUAAUGUCUGUCGUUGGAUAUUGCUUUUAAAAUGGUAUGGAAGUUUGAAUGGGUUCUUUGCAUGGUAUUUGUACUGAAUUUGUUAUUUUGUCACCGCUCUUCUCUUAGUACCCGAAAAACCACGACUCAUGGUCAGCCCUACCAACAUGGGCACUGCCCUCCUCCAGUGGCACCCUCCGACGUUAACCCACGGCCCCCUGCAGGGCUACCGCCUUCGCUUUGGCCGCAAAGACGUCGACCCCCUGACCAUCAUCGAGUUCCCAGAGCGCGAGAACCACUACACCACCAAAGAGAUCCACAAGGGGGCAUCAUACACCUUCCGCUUGUCCGCCCGCAACAAGGUGGGAUUCGGCGAGGAGACGGUCAAAGAGAUCAACACUCCUGAAGAUGUGCCUAGCGGCUUCCCACAAAGCAUUGCAGCAGAGGGUGGCACCACCACCACCAUUCAGGUGAGCUGGAAUCCCCUGUUACUGGCGGAGCGCAACGGCGUUAUCGUGAAGUACGCCCUGCAGUACAAGGACAUCAACAGCCCUCGGAGUCCCUCUGAACUCUUCAUCACUGCCCCGGAGUCCACCGUCACCCUGGACGGCCUCAAGGCGGACACCACUUACGAUAUCAAAAUGUGUGCCUUCACCAGCAAGGGCUCCGGCCCCUAUAGCCCCAGUGUCCAGUUCAGGACACAGCCCUUGGAUCAAGGUAGGACCCCACCCCAAUUCACCUCCCGCCCCCCAAUCCAACUUCACUCCACAACCACCACCAACAGCAACCACCUCGUCAAGCCUUAGUGGCAGAAGAACAAACAAAAUGGGAUUACUGAUCUCAUGAUUGGUCAAAAAAUCUGCUGUAUGUAUACAUAGCCCUCACACCCCAUAAGAAAGAAAGAUAUCGUAAACAGGUGGAGUAAGUAUAUGUGUCCCAUGUGUUGUCAGCCAAGCUAAAGGUGAGUCUGUAGAUUAUAAAGAGCUGCUGUUAAUAAAAAGGUAAGAUAAAGUAAGCAAAGGUAAAAUGGGAGCACUGUAGCCCUGCUAAGACCGCUCUAGUACUGGUUUCAGACUGGUUGUAAAGAGAAACAUGUUCAGGUAAGAGAUUUAUUGCUUUGGAAUCCUUUAAGGAGGGUUAUGUUUGUUUUGUGUCUAAAUCAUCUGCUCCCUUUUUCUUUUAGCAGUGUUUGCAAAAAACUUUCAUGUGAAAGCUGCCAUGAAGACAUCCGUGCUCCUCACCUGGGAGAUCCCAGACAACUAUAACGCAGCUCAGCCCUUCACAGUAAGAGCUUUUUGAUUAUCUUCCGUAUUUUAUGAGGACAGCAAUCCAGAAAAUAUGAAGUGACAUCAGCCAAAAAUAUAGUUGUCACAUGAAUAUCUGAACAAGCUACCAUAUUGAGCAGAAGUCCGGACAUUUCCCUGACUAAACAGACCUCAAAUGUUGGAUUAGUGCAUCUCCUCAACAUUCACACACCCUUUCCUACCAUUGCAAAUCCAGAUCCUCUAUGACAAUGGCCAGAGCGUAGAGGUGGACGGCAAGCUCACUCAGAAGCUUAUCACGGGUCUGCAGGCCGGGACGCAGUACUCCUUCCUACUGACCAACCGGGGCAACAGCGCAGGCGGUCUCCAACACCGCGUCUCCACCAUGACCGCCCCGGACAUCCUGCGCACCAAGCCCUACCUGACCGGCAAGACCAACUUGGAUGGCAUGGUCUCUGUGGAGCUGCCCUCAGUCCAGACUUCAGAGAAAGUCAGGUGAGUGGCGGGGAUUAAAACUAAUGCUAAUGCUAAUGGAUAAUUGCAGACUUGUACUUAUAGAGCUGGCUAUUUAGCCUAAUUUGAUUGCACUUAAUUAAUUUGCCUCUGUGGCUGCCCUAAUCCAUUUAUUUACCUUGAGCUCGUCUUUGGGUUCAAUUAAAUCAGCAGGAUACCAUUAAAGCUUCUUUCUCCUUAUUGCAUAAUGUCACUCAUAUUGCUGUUAUUUUACAUCUGCAUAGUUGCACUCAAGGAGUGAAAGGGACAAGAUUUUACACUCUGACAGAUUUCUUAGCACAUUUUUUUUGUUUAUACUGUUUGAAAGGUCAGAACAUCAGCACUGAAGAGUUCAUCACUUUCUUUAGUGUACCCUGUAUAUUACAUUAAUUGCAUUGUAUCAAGCCUGUUCCUAUUGAUCUAUGUUCCUCAACACAGAGAAGAUGACACCAUGAAUUCUCCCAUCCAAUUUAGCCCACUCCUCAGUAUUAAGCCUUGUAAUGUAUCUUACAUUCUUUCCAACUAAGCUCUGGGUUGUCAAAAGGCCAACGCGCAGAUCCGAUUGUAGACUGGCACUUCAAACCAAUCUGGGGUUUUGAUCUUGCUGGACGCACUCGGGCCCACUCUCCCCCGUGCCAGUGCUUAAGCUAAUUAGCUUCCCAUCAGCCCGCCACACUGCCUUCCUGGCUAACGCUAGCUAGCACCGUGCCCAGCCUGGAGAAGCCCCGAAAAAACUCUGGUAGAGGCCUUUAUCUCCCUUGUCGCCCCAAUGGAGGGAUGAAAAUCCCUCUAAUUCCAGCUCCUCUUCUCUCUCUCACGGAGGGGUACUAAUUAGCCCAUGGGGCUAACAGUGCGCCGACUUCUCUGAUCAUGCAUCAAUUAAAAGACAAACAUGGAAGAAAACCGACUCUUAAUGGAAUGAUAACGGGCUAGCGUAACUAGCUAAUGGCGCAAUCAUGUGUCAUCUUUGUCUCUUGUCCUCCACGCCUCCAACCCUGUUACACCUGCAGGAUUAGCGCAAGGCUCCUCAACAUCAACAUUUGUUAUGGUCCCCAGGGACACUAAAAAUUUUGUGUCUGAAGCUCAAAGCUUUGAUCUUGGUAUGUUUUGUCUUGGCGCAGCAUGUGACCUUCCAUGUAACAAUGGUGUAUUGUAAACAUGUUAUGGAGUGAACAGACAAUGAACUUUGACCUUGAAGAGCUUGAAAUACGUUGUCAAUGUGUUGUUUUCUUUCUUUUCCAGGGGAUACUACAUAGUGGUGGUGCCUCUGAAGAAACAGCGCACAGGAAAGUUCCUCAAACCCUGGGACAGUCCAGAUGAGAUGAACCUAGAAGAG